UGUACACGACGCAGUCGCGAGUCCGCGGUCUCGACGAAGAUAGAAGCGGGGGUGCUCUUUUGGUUGUUAGGUCGUGCAACCUUCACGUGGAUUGAGAUCGAAAAAUGUGUGAAACUCACGAAUCGUUUUUCGAGUUUAUUCCCAUCAGCCUGAUGGGAUCUGAUUUUGGAACAAAAAACAAACAAACAGUUUGCUUAUGAACUUUAGAACCGUCGUGCUAUUAUUAAUGUUAAACUAAACUAGGAGAUAACCGAUCAUGGAGCCAUAAGGCUAACCAAUCGCUGGGAGACUCAAAGGUUAUUUCAACUUGGUUCGUCUCUUUCAUAAGCUCGGUUGUGAUCCUUGAAAGUUGAAUGUGACUGUCUGUGGCAAGAUCCUCUUUUUACAUGAUGGCAAGCGAGGAAAUUCAAACGUCAAACAACUCGGAAGCCGCGGUAGAACCCCGCCGAAAUGAAGAAAGGACUAUCCAACCGAAGGGAUCCAGUCAGCCAGCUGCCACCAUGAGCGCCUUCUACCCCUUAGUCCUAGCCUCCCAGGUUGCAGUGGUCUUGGUCCUGAUCCUGGCGGGCUACUGGACGGGGCACUACCUGGGAGGCUUUGCCUGGGACGGCUCGGCUAAGGAGUUCAACCUGCAUCCGCUGUUAAUGAUUCUAGGACUUGUCUUCUUCUACGGAGACGCCAUCCUGAUGUUCCGCAUCUUCCGCAAGGAGAACAAGACAGUGGUCAAGACGAUCCACAUGCUAAUGCAGGCCCUGGCCAUCAUCUGUGGGGUCAUUGCCCUCAAGGCCGUCUUCCGGUUCCACAAUAAGGCUGGCAUUCCCAACAUGUACACCUUACACAGCUGGGUCGGUCUACCCACGUUCAUCUUGUUCUGCCUGCAGUUUAUCGGCGGCUUCGUGUCUUUCCUGUACCCGAAGCUGAACGAAACAAGACGGGCCGCCGUCCUGCCCUACCACAAGUUCCUUGGGGUUACCCUGCUAGGACUGGUCAGUGUCACUGCACUGACUGGUAUUAACAACAAGCUCUUCUUUGCCAUGCCUGGUGGCGAAGGAAAAGAGAAGUACUCCAGCCUUCCGCCCCAGGCCUACGUGGGCAACUUCCUAGGGCUGGCCAUUGUCAUCUACGCAGUCAUUGUGGGCUUUCUGGUGACUUGCGAGGACUACAAGCGGGAGCAGGACGCCUCGAAUCCGGAGAAGCUGCCGUUGACCACGGCCGAGAUGAAGCAGUUCCAGUCGAUGGACCCCGCUGACCCAUCAGCAGGGGAGGGGGCCAAGUAGAUCACCCUCAACCCCUCAACCUUGAUCUGUCAACCCCUACCCAACCACCUGUGCUAGUCUGAAGGGAUAGACAAAAAAGAAGGAUGUAAGACCUUCUAUCCUCACCUCCAAGCUGAUUUCCUCAACCCACAUUCCUAAUCCAAGUUUGCAUGCUAACAACUGACAAAGCUUUUACAAUCCAUCAUUAGGAGCUAUAUAGGAAGAUACUAAAAAUAGCUGUAACCUUUAUCCUUGCACUUCAAUAAUCCACAAACCCAGUGUUGCAGACUAUUCAUCUUUGACCUCUAGCACUACCAGAGAGAGCCAAUUAGAGUAGAGGUGUCAUUUCAUUAUACGAAUGCCCAGUCCUUCAGACAGCAAAUCCCUUCCACUCCACAGCCAUACAUACCUGCGACAAAUGAUAACUGUUAUCUUAUUUGCGGCCAUGCAGCCUUUAGUUCCUUUUUUGACUGUUGGCCCAUUUCUAGUCUUUGCAAACUUUGCAGGUGAUAAGCCCCUCAGGAUGAAAAUCCCGAUUGCUUCGCAUGAAAGCCUUUCAUAGCCAGACUCCUGAUGAGGCUGAAUUGGUUCAUGGAUAUAUUUAUAAUUGUGUAAGGAUAUUACAGGGGCGGAUCCAGGAGUGGUUUGGGGAGAGAAAUUUCCAGACUCUUUUUUUAUGUCCUACUGUUCUCUGUGCAGGAUCCCACCUUUAUUAUUAGCGCUGUAGGGUACAGAAGCGUGACGGCAUUUGACAUAUGGAGUGCACAACACGUUCAUACAUUCCGAAAUUUGUAUCCUUGUGGACGCAUGGCUUUUUUCUCCAGCACUAAUUUGGCCGCGUGUGAAACGAUGUAUUCAAAAUGCUCCCAUUUAAACAUGAAUCACUCUCCAGGACUGAAAUUUCGACCGAAUGUCCCUUAUAUGAAACACUUCAAUUUGCUACGGAUUCCUACGCAUUAAAGAUUUCUCCUUUUUGAGCAAUUUGCAAAUAUCAGUUUCGUGAAAUCAUUGUGGAGACCUAUACACCUUCAGAAAUUC